AUGUUAUUGAUACAACCACAUAUUUUUAAACAUCAAGGUGAUCGAUGGAUUGUAAAUAGUCAGUCAGAAAUUUUGUAUCAAUCACAAACAUUAGAAGGAAAAUAUUACAUUCAAGAGGAAUCACCAAAAACUGGUGCCUAUUGGAUGGAAUCCGGUGUGAAUUUUACUCGUGUCAAAAUUACAAAUACUAAAGAAUUGAAACCAAAUAAAAAUAUGAUUCAUGUCAAUAGUAUGCAUUAUUAUAUACCAAGAAUUUCUGUGGUUCGUUUAACAGACUUCCUUGAUCAUCAUCAAUCACAAUCUUAUCAUCUUACAUCCAAUUCAUCAAGAUUAUCUGAUCAGUCAAAUCAUCUGGAAUUAAUUGGUUCAUAUAUUAUACCUGGUACACAAUUCUAUACAGUGACAGCUUAUCAAAAUCCUGAUGUGAUACGGAUCAAAAUCAACAAUAAUCCUUUUGCAAAAGGAUUUCGAAAUCGUCAAGACACGGAUGAUUUCAAUGACUUGGCUGUUUUAUCCGUGAUGAAUUCCAAGAACAAAUAUUUAACCACAACAACAUCAUCAUCAUCAUCCUCACUGACAUCAGUAAUAGAGUCAUCAUUCAGAUAUUCUAAAAAUAGUCCACAACUAUAUGAGUGA